AUGGAAGAACUUGAUGAGUUGCGUAAUGAGGCAUAUGAGAAUGCACGAAUCUACAAGGAUAAAGUGAAAAAAAUGCAUGAUCGUCGCGUUGUGCAAAAGGACUUCCACCCGGGCAUGAAAGUGUUAUUGUUCAACUCAAGGCUGAAACUCUUUCCGGAAAAACUCAAGUCCCGUUGGAUUGGUCCCUUCAUCAUCAAAGAAGUAUUUAACCAUGGAGUCUUGGUGUUGACCAAGGAAGGCACCGAUGAGCAUUUUACAGUCAAUGGGCAUAGGGUGAGGCCCUAUUUGGAGCAUGGAGUUGCUUCCGUUGUAGUGGAGUCUCAAGCACUCCACGACCCGACGUUCUAA